AUGUUUGAUCUCACUAAAAAAUGAUCAGUCCAGCAGUCAUUGGUUCCUUUUAUAACAGGUGUGAUAUGAAUGUCUUUUAGAUCACAUGCUCUUACGAUGGGGUGGUCAAGGAGGUGCCAUUGUUUUGAGUGGGGGUGUUGCCAUAUUGUUUUGUACCUGUCAUGUUGUCUGUAGAUAGUGCUAGUAAUGACAAGGCCAUGCUCUGCACAUUAGUUGAGUAAGAGGAUGCUGUUGGAAUUGGUCUUGCUCACUCCUUCCUUCCAAAUAGUGCCCCUUCACACAUUAAAGACCCUGCCAACUCUUGCACUGAAAUCUCCAAGGAAGAUGAUCUUAUCAUCUUUUGGAAUGCUAGUCAGGAUUUCAUUAAGGUCAGAAUAAAACUUUUUUUCUGUUCUUCCUUGGCAAUGGCUAUUGGGGCAUAUGCACUGAUGAUGGUAGAAAACAAAUUGUUGGUCAGCUGGAGGUGAAAAGUCAUGAGGCGCUCAUUAAUGCCAACAGGAAAUUCAGUCAUUUGGCUGACAAUCUGGUUCUUAAUGGUGAAACCACCACCAUGUAUUUGCCUGGCAUUUGCAGGUUUCCCUUUCCAGAAGAACAUAUAGCCACCCUGCUCCUCCCUCAGAUGGCAUUCAUUCGCAUGUCUGAUCUUGCUGAUAGCAGCAAUACUGAUGUUAAAUGUGAGAGUUCUCAGGUGACAAUAGCUGUUCUACAUUCAGGUCUGUCACAGUUUGGGUUGUCUAGUAGGGUUUGUACAUUCCAAGAUGCAAAGGACAUUUUUGUGUUUUGACCACAAUUUGAGUGAUCCCUCUGGAAGUGGCUAUCCAGUCAGGUAAGAUAAGGUGAGAAAGCCUAUGUUUGGGGCACCUUUUCUUGCCCCUUCCCCAUGUGGGGUGAGCAGAGGGGAUCCUAAAAGGGACUGUUCAGUCACAUUUACAGCUGCCAAAUCACCUUCUUGUCCUAUUCCAAGGGUGCAGUGGCCAACACAUGACUGCCAUCUGCAUGUGGAUCUAUGACUAGGCACUUUUGGUGAUCACUUCAUCUGUCCCCAUCACAACUCAUCCAUUACUGCAGGGCUUUGUAGAGGUUUGGGUAUUGGUGAUUGGUUAUUGUGGUAGAUGUUGGGUCCAGUGGGAGAAGCCCACAUGUGACUUGUUUUAUGUUGGAUGUUGGCAACCCAUGGAUCUUGGUGAGGGAGAAACCUGUGUCCAGUGGCAAGGAAAUCCAAGAUGACUGGGGUUUCUCUUAUACCGCAGUCUUCACCUGCUUUUACAGCCAUUGAGAAGUAUGCCGUCUUCAUCAGCCUGCUCCACCGAGGUCUUUAUGUUAGGUUGGACUGCUUUUUGUCUGAUACCUCACCUUUGACCUUACUGCCAUGGGUGACCCUACCAGGAGUACAAGACUCCCAACAGUGUUGCUUUUAGGAUCAUCAGUACACACAAGCCUCUCUACCCUGUCAAGGUGGCAGUCUGUGGAGAGGAGCAGAGAGCAUCCCACAGCAGAGCCUGACCUGUUAUAAUGACCACACUUCUCUUAUGACCUGCAUGUGGGAGGAGUGCUCAGAGGCACAACAUUUCCUGAAUAUGACUCUUUACUAUAAUGAUGACACUAAAGACUCCAUUGUGAUGCCAUGUGAAUCCCACCAAGUGGAGGGUCACACUGACUGCCAGGUCUCACGCACACACUGGGUGUGCCGCAAAAAUCACACCACUUUUGGAAUAGAACAGAAAGCUAUUUACAGCCUCAAACCUGACCAGGAGCUACAGACUGAACUGCGUGUCAUUCUCUUCCAGAAUGUCCAGCCUCUCCCACCUCAAAGCCUCUUCAUCCAUGUGACAGAAGGAGGUGACUUCUUGCUGGCAUGGGAAGCAGCUGGUGGGAUAAAUGGAAGCACCUGGCCAGACAACAUACUAGAAUAUGAAGUGACCUACAAGAGGGACUGGGAAUCCUGGGAGAGUUCUUCCUCUGUGUUGGUAUCAAACACCUCCAAAUACCUCUUCAGCCACAACAGCCUUGUACCUGGGAGCACCUAUGUUGCUCGUGUCCGAGCCAAGCCAAGCCAGGAGAGUAACUUUACUGGGCAGUACAGCACAUGGAGCACAGAGGUGUCUUGGGAGACCCAAGCAGGAGAUGAUGGUCAUCCCAAGAAUCUCCGCUGCCUCUUCAAUGGUGUUGAUCGCCUCCUGUGUAGCUGGGAAGUACGGCAAGAGGUCACCAGCUCUGUCUUGUUCACACUCUUCUACAAGGCUACACAGACAUCAGAAGAAAAGGAAUGUUUGCCAGUUCAUGAGAAGAAGUUGCCCAACAUCCCAUAUGUAUUGCAAAGCUGUGAGAUCAGCGUUACCAAUCCCAACCAUAUGUGCCAGUACAACAUAUCUGUCCGGCCCCAAAAGGUGGAGAUGCAGAUUGAACCCUCCAAGCACAUUAAGGUGCCAGCACCUGUCAACCUGACAGUGACAAAAACAGAAGACCAGGAGUAUAAACUGAGAUGGGUAAAACAUGCCCUACGAUAUACAGGCAUAAGACAGACCUAUGAAGUCUUGUACUGGAAAGCAGACCAGCCCUUGGAGCUUGCCAAGCCCAACAGAACCAGCACUGAUGAGCCCUAUUUGGUUCUUCUCCAGGACAGUUUGGAGCCAUUAACAUGCUAUAGGGCAAAAGUACGGGCAAGGGUGCGUGCAUCCUCCUCCUAUAAUGGCACCUGGAGCGAGUGGAGUGAGGAGCACACCUGGAAAACAGACCAUGUUUUGGCACCAUAUGUACUCAUAUGUAUUGCCAUAUUCUUCACCAUCAUGUUGGUAGCAGUCGGCUGGUACAGCUGUAAAUAUCUUCUCAGCAAGAAGAAGAAAUGGGAGGAAAAGAUUCCCAAUCCCAGCAAGAGUCAGCUGGUGCAGGGCUUCUUCCAGAAGGUAUCAUUAAGAAAUCAGCUGCCCAGCAGCCUGCCAGACUUCAACAGGGAGAACCAUUUGGUGAAGGAGCAGGCCAACUCCCUGCAAGUGCUGGAUGGGGAGAAGAUUAUUUCAGCAACGUCCCCAGGAGCUGAGGCAUCAAAGACUAAGUUGUCUUAUAUUGUGCUAGACCUAAAAAACCAGCAUCAGUUUUCUCCAGUGUCAAGUCCUGCUUCACUUCCUUCAUCCCCAUUUGAUAGCAUCUCAAAUCAAAGUACCAGUCAGUCCUCCUCACCAACACUGCUUACCAGUGUUGGUGCCACUAAAGCAGACACUGCCACUCAAAAGCCUACGACCCACUUCAGUUAUAAUGGCCCAUACUUGUUCUUCCCUUCUGGUCAGUCGCAGACCAAUACCCACCAGGACCUUGGAGCUUCUCCAGUGAGAAUAAAGGAGAACCCAGUGUCCCUGGAGUAUGUGUCUGUACCACAGAAGGGCUGUUUCCAGUUCCCACUGUUGCAAAAGACAGGGGCAACUCACCUCCAUCCUUUUGCAUGUUUGGACCAGAAAGAGAAGAAGCAUCCAGUUGCGGAAGGGCAAGAUGCAUUACAAGACCAGCCAGUAGGUGAGGAAGGGGUGAAAGAGAAAAGAGAAGGUCAGAGGUCACCAAUUGCUGUCCCCGUUAUCGGCUCCUCUCAGAAAUGCCCAUUGGGGUACAUCACCACUGAAGGUCUGUGCUUACCUCCAGCAAAAGAAUCUGUUAGUCUCUCACCUUCCCUAGACCCUCAGGAGCAGAUGCUCACUACUGCUGGCACAUUAACUUCCAACUCCCAGCUGCCCCAAGCCACGGAUUACACCUCCAGCCCAGCAUUACCCUCUGGGAGGUCUGGUGUCUCACUCCCAGUUCCAGUUCAAGCAUCAGACACUCCUCCUGGAUCACAGCAGCCUGAACUGGGGAGCAAUAUAACACUCCCACUCGGCCUCCCCAAAUGCAUCAGCCUUUCCCCCUCUGCUUUACUGGAGGGGGUUGCACAAGAGAAUGAUCUGGUCACAUUUAACCCUGAUGGUGGCAGACCAGUUUUCCUAUACCAAGUGGGUGAAUAUUGCUUCUUCCCUGGCCUCAAACCCAGUGAGAAGACCCCCCUGAGUCAGAAAGCCUCCUUAGCCAGUAAGCUUUCAGAAGACAGUGGGGUAGAUGGAAAGCCUGUAUGUGAUGGAGGAUCCACCAACAGCAAUAGAGAUGAUGCACUUUGCAUGCAGGCCAGAACUUUUCAAAGCCCAGAAAACUGAUGAUUACUUUGGUGGACAGCAGCCUGCUGUGAGGGCCAGGGAACUGUGCUAAAGCUGAGAGGGUGGGAGGGGACAGACAGAUAUCAAGACACUGGGUGACUGAAUGUAACUGCAGCUUUCAAGGAAUAUCAAUUCUGUUGUGUUCCCCAUCGUUCUACCAUUGCCACAUGGGAGGAAUGACAAUGGGCAGUUCUUCUCCUCAGGUCUCUGCACUUCCAAAAUGGAUGAAAGAUUUCAAAUAGCACCAGCUCCUCUUCUAUACUGGGUGUGUCUGUAUGUGCAUUUACUGCGCAGUAAGUGGU